AUGGGAGCCAACUACCACCACAGCUGCACCAACUACCGCCACAGCUGUGACAACUAUCACUACAGCAGCCCCAAAUACCACUACAUUUGCGCAAACAACAGCCACUUUAGCCACAACAACAACCACAGCUGUGCCAACAACUACAAAAGCAGCCCCAACAACCACCAAAGCUGUGCCAACUACCACCACAACAGCACCAGCAACCACCACAGUACCACCCCCCACAGCAGCGCCAACUACCGACACAGUAGCAUCAAGUACCACCACAGCUGCGCCAACAACCACCCCAAUAGUGCCAACAACCACCACAGCUGUGCCAACAACCACGACAGCAGCUGCAACUACAACCACAGCAGCACCAAUUACAAUCAAAACCGUGCAAAAUACAACCACAGCAGCACCAACCACCACCAUUGCGCCAACAACAUUGACAGGAACGCCAACAACCGUGAAUGCAGUGCAAACUACCACCACAGGUGUUCUAUCUACACCCACAGUAACACCAACAACCACGACAGCAGCACCAUCUACCCCCACAGCAGCUGCAACAACCAUGAAAGCAGCGCCAACAUUUACAACUGUAGCACCAAUGACUGCAACACCAACUACCAAGCUGCCCCAACAACCACAGCUGCCCCAACUACUACCACAGCAGCCCCAACAACCACAGCUGUGCCAACUACUACCACAGCUGCGCCAUCAACUACGACAGCAGCCCCAACUACCACCACAGCAGCUACAAUGACAACCAAAGCUCUGCCAAAAACCACCACAAUAGUGCCAACUACCACCACAACAAUGCCAAACAACACAACCGUGCCAACAACCCCCACAGCAGCCCCAUUAACCGCCACAGCAGCCACAACUACCACCACAAUAGUGCCAACUACCACCACAACAAUGCCAAACAACACAACCGUGCCAACAACCCCCACAGCAGCCCCAUUAACCGCCACAGCAGCCACAACUACCACCACAGCUGUGCCAUCAACCACAAUAGCAGCAACAACUAACACCACAGCAGCCGCAACUACAACAGCUGCACCAACUAUCACCGCAGCUGGGACAACAAUCACCACAUCAGCACCAACAAUGACGACAACAACUACUACCACUUCCCAGACAAGUACUACGGCAAAACCAGUGACCACAGCUGCUCAGACAACAACUAAUGUUUCUCAGACAAACAAGUACCACUGCUGCUCAGACAAGUACUACUACUGCUGCUGGUGCUCGGACAACUACUACUACUUCCCAGACAAGUACUACUGCAUCACCAGUGACCACCGCUGCUCAGACAUCAACUAA